AUGGACAAGACGAUGAACCAGCAGGAGUACGUGACAGUCAAAGGCGAGCGUUACGACACCAAGCGUCCGAAGGAUUCCGAAAUCCUCAAAGGCGAUGGCUCGUUCAUGGACAAGACGAUGAACCAGCAGGAGUACGUGACAGUCAAAGGCGAGCGUUACGACACCAAGCGUCCGAAGGAUUCCGAAAUCCUCAAAGGCGAUGGCUCGUUCAUGGACAAGACGAUGAACCAGCAGGAGUACGUGACAGUCAAAGGCGAGCGUUACGACACCAAGCGUCCGAAGGAUUCGGAAAUCCUCAAAGGCGAUGGCUCGUUCAUGGACAAGACGAUGAAACAGCAGGAAUUAGUGACUGUGAAGGGCGAGCGUUACGACACCAAGCGUCCGAAGGAUUCCGAAAUCCUCAAAGGCGAUGGCUCGUUCAUGGACAAGACGAUGAACCAGCAGGAGUACGUGACAGUCAAAGGCGAGCGUUACGACACCAAGCGUCCGAAGGAUUCCGAAAUCCUCAAAGGCGAUGGCUCGUUCAUGGACAAGACGAUGAACCAGCAGGAGUACGUGACAGUCAAAGGCGAGCGUUACGACACCAAGCGUCCGAAGGAUUCCGAAAUCCUCAAAGGCGAUUCUUCACGACAAGACAAUAAACCAGCAAGGAUCUGA